UAUUUCUUUUACUGCUUUUGACCAGAUGGUUAUGUAGAAAGUGCCAAUGUCGAAUACGUGCUAAAAAAGCCUUUUGUUUGUCGUGGUUUGGUUGAAUCCGAAUUGCUAGAGAUCGCAAAACAAUAGGGUUAUCAAAACAAGCCUUAACGUUAACUGCGUCUGAUGGUGGUCUACUGAUCGCUGCGUGCCAGCCGGUAACCUAGGUUCACACAUAUUUAUCUUAUAAGGCAAGCAUAUUCAUCGAAAUUGGGAUAUCUUAUUGUAGAGUAUCUGUGCUGAGCUCCUCCACACACAAACACACACGGAGGGAAGUCGGCCAACCGCAGAGCAGAGAGGCCGCGGUGGAGAGUGAAGUGAAGAUUACUCGAGUUGACAACUACGCUCGUUACUGUGAUUCCCUUCACAGGGUUCACAACCGCAGGGACGGCUUCACACCCCUCACAACCUCAGAGUGUGGACAUCUGCACCCUGUUGGACAGCCGAGUCGGCAGUGUGCCUAACUGCGCUGCCAACACAAUCAGAUUUUCAACAUUUCUCAUGUCACGUACGGGUCUGCUAGCGAUUGGAGGUGGCCACGUCGAGCGGUGCCCUAUUGGCUCCGUGUUGAUUCUAGGAUUCACCAUUUCGGGGGACGCAACCGUUCUUUUGACCCUCUUGACUGCCAAACACCUUGUUCCCUAAUGCUACGUAAUGGGAAUAAAGCAUACAGAAAGAAAUCUAUGAAAAGUUUGCCUGUGACGACAGUAGAUAUACACUGAAAAACCCUUCCAGACUGAUAAUAUAGAAACUAUUGAUGUAAACUGGAAUAAUUAGCAUUAAGCCAAUGUGUCAAUAUGGGCCUGGAUUUUGAUGUAAAGACAUUCUGCCACAAUUUGAGGGCCACCAAGCCUCCAUACGAGUGCCCAGUGGAGAGCUGCCGCAAGGUGUACAAGAGCUACAGUGGAAUUGAAUACCACCUCUACCACUAUGACCAUGAAAACCCUGUGCCACUGCAGAGCAACAUGCCACAGAAGCGUCGAAAGGGGCGUCCACCCCGUGUAUCCCAGAUUGGAUGUGUUGAUGAUGGAGUGGGAGUAGAUCAUGGAGUGCCCAUGGGUAUUACAGUUAGGCGGACUCCAGGUAGCCCACUGGACCAGUCUGAACACUCGCACUCCCCUGGCAGGGACACUAUGACCUAUGCACAGGCCCAACGCAUGGUGGAGCUGGAGAUUCAGGGGCGUAUCCAUCGCAUCAGCAUUUUUGAAAACCUGGAUGUGGUGUCUGAAGACGAGAACAUUGCAGAUGACCAUACAAGUGAGGGAGGAGGUGGAAUGUAUAAUGGAGGUGGAUGUGGUGUCAGUGCAGUGGGCACUGGUGACAUGGCUGGGGGCAGCAGUGAUGUGACGACCAGUGGCAAUGGUGCAAAAUGUGUUGGUGCUACACCCAAGCCUGGCAAGCAUAAAAGCAAGGACAAAAAAAAGGAGGGUGGAGGCUCACAUCAUCAUAGUUCUUCAACUGGGCCCACAGUUAAACUACCUGAGGUGGUCUACCGAGAGUUGGAUCAGGAGAGGCCUGAUGCCCCACCACGCCCAUCCUCCUACUACAGGUACAUAGAUAAGUCUCUGGAGGAGCUGGAUGAAGAGGUGGAGUACGACAUCGAUGAGGAGGACUACAUCUGGCUGGAUAUAAUGAAUGACAAGCGUCAUAGUGACGGGGUGGCACCUAUCCCUCAGGAAGUCUUUGAGUAUUUGAUGGACAGGCUGGAAAAGGAGUCAUAUUUUGAAAGUCAUAACAAGGGAGACCCCAGUUCACUGAUCGACGAGGAUGCUGUCUGCUGUAUCUGCAACGACGGAGAAUGCCAGAACAGUAAUGUCAUUCUGUUCUGUGACAUGUGCAACCUGGCGGUACAUCAGGAGUGCUACGGUGUGCCGUACAUUCCUGAAGGCCAGUGGCUGUGUCGUCGCUGUCUGCAGUCACCCUCCCGGGCUGUGGAUUGUGCCCUCUGCCCCAACAAGGGAGGUGCCUUCAAGCAGACAGAUGAUUCCCGAUGGGCCCAUGUCGUCUGUGCACUAUGGAUCCCAGAGGUAUGCUUUGCCAACACAGUCUUUCUGGAGCCUAUAGACAGCAUUGAGCACAUCCCACCUGCACGCUGGAAGCUUACCUGCUACAUUUGCAAACAGCGCGGUUCUGGAGCGUGUAUUCAGUGCCACAAAGCCAACUGUUACACCGCCUUUCACGUGACGUGUGCCCAGCAGGCAGGUCUCUACAUGAAGAUGGAGCCAGUUCGGGAGACGGGGGCCAAUGGUACCUCUUUCAGUGUCCGAAAGACAGCAUAUUGUGAUAUUCACACUCCACCUGGCACAGCCAGGCCAAUAGGAGGAAGUUUGGGUACUGGGAGCCUUGGAUCUUCCAACAGUGAAGGAGGAGAGGGGGAGGAGGAUGAUGAACUCAUUGUAACUGGAGAGGAGGAAGGAAAAGGAGGGUGGAGCUCUGAGCGGGCCAAGAGGGCAAAGGCCAAGUCAAGACUGAAGAUGAAGAGAGCAAGGAAAAUUCUGGCAGAGAAGCGAGCAGCUGCACCAGUGGUGUCAGUACCAUGCAUCCCUCCACACAGGUUGAGUAAAAUUACAAGUAAUUUGACAGUGCCCAGGAAGAGUCAGUUCAUGCAGCGCCUGCACAGUUACUGGACCCUGAAGAGGCAGAGUCGUAAUGGAGUGCCACUCUUGCGUAGGCUUCAGACACACUUUCAGUCUCAGCGCACCAAUGAACAAGUGCUCCCUGCAAUAAGACUAGAUAGUGAAGACAAGCAUGCAGCUCUGAAGGAACAGUUGAAGGCUUGGCAGAGAUUAAGACAUGACCUGGAGAGAGCCAGACUACUUGUAGAACUGAUUCGCAAGAGAGAGAAGCUAAAGAGAGAAACGAUCAAAAUACAGCAGCUGGCACUGGAGAUGCAGCUGACUCCCUUCUUAGUUUUGUUGCGCAGCACCCUGGAACAACUGCAGGAACGUGACACAAGCAACUUCUUCACUGAACCCGUACCCCUUAGUGAGGUGCCUGACUACCUGGACCACAUUGAGCGUCCAAUGGAUUUCCAGACCAUGUGGGUUUUGUUGGAGAGACAUCACUAUCCAAACUUCCAAACCUUUGAGGCUGACUUCCUGCUUAUUGUCAAUAAUUGUCUUAAGUACAAUGCCAAAGACACUGUCUUUUAUCGUGCCGCUCUCCGACUCCGUGAGACCGGCAGCUUUAUACUCCGUCAAGCCCGACGGCAGGCAGAACAUACUGGGUAUGACUAUGAAUCUGGUAUGCACUUACCACGGGAACCAAGCCCAGAGAGAGAGCAAGACUGUGAGCGAGAGAGUGAGCGGGAACAGGAGUGGGAGCAGGAGAGGAUGGCUUCAGUCAUCGAGGAAGACCUACUUCUGCCAGAGAAUCGCAGGCGCUUGCCACUAGAGGAGCAGUUGCAAAUAUUGCAAGUACGCUUUGAGGAAGUCAGCUCUGGAAAGCACAGUAUUGGUCGAUCCCGGCGUGCCAAAGCCCUGCGGAAAGAGAUGACUGUCAUUAAGCGCAAACUGGCUCAUCAGCGAGAAGGAGGCGACGACGCUGGAGUGCCUACGGAGGACAGAGUGUCUGCUCUACCCCAUCAUGUCUCUGUAAGCACCUGUCAAGAUGAUGAGGAAAGCAGCAGCCAAGAGAAAGACAUGAGUACCUCCUCGUCUGUGUUGGCUCCAGAAGUGGGCCGCCGGACCUCUGUCCUUUUCUCCAAGAAGAACCCCAGGGUUGGUGGGCCACCCAAACGGCCUGGACGGCCACCAAAGAACCGUGAUGCACUGCACAUAGGGUCUUCAGGUGUGAGCUGUUCAGUUGGGCCACCACAACUACCCUUGCUAAACCCUCUACGUCAGAAGAAGAAAAUGCGCAGUCCUCGCACAAGCUCCAGCUCUGAGAGUGAGAGCGAUAACGAUGACCCUCUUCCUGGUUUGCCUAGCAAUGGCUUUGAUGGUGGCAGCCAGCCUGUGACUGAGAGUUUCCGUGUAUACCGCAAUGAACGCAGUCUCCCACGUUCCAGUUCAGACUCUGAUUCCACCAGCAGUAGCAGCAGCAGCGCGGCCUCUGACAGGACCAGUACUACUCCCUCUAAACUGGGCCGUGGAAAGCCUUCAUUUUCCCGUUCUGCCUUUCAAGAGGACAGCAGUGAAGAGACAUCAGGAACCGAGAAUGACACUUACUCAGUGGGAGCAACUCGGGCUGUAUCUCAUAUUGUCCGAAGCCGCAGUAGGUCUGGUUGUUGGAUGACUUCAGAUGACUACACAUCUUUAGAUGCAUUGGACCUAGUAUGGGCCAAGUGUAGAGGUUACCCAUCGUACCCAGCACUGAUCAUAGACCCGAAGAUGCCACGAGAGGGUGUGUUUCAUAGGGGUGUGCCCAUCCCUGUGCCUCCACUGGAUGUUCUCAAGCUGGGUGAGCAGAUGACUCAGGAGGCUCGUGAACACCUUUAUUUGGUCCUGUUCUUCGACAACAAGAGGACCUGGCAGUGGCUUCCGCGGUCCAAACUGGUGCCACUGGGAGUGGAUCAGGAACUGGAUAAAGACAAGAUGAACGAGGGCAGGAAGUCAAACAUUAGAAAGUCUGUGCAGGUGGCGUAUCACCGAGCCAUGCAGCACCGGAACAAAGUUCAGGGAGACCCCAGCAGUGACACCAGUGACAGUGACUGAGCACCUGCAUGCUUACAGACCUCAUCUGAAAUGCACAACUACACUUGAAAAAAAGCAAUGGAAGGAUUGACCCGUGAACUAUAAUACACAUUCAGUGACGUAAUCCCUUCCUGGUGCAGUAGUUUCAUUUUAAGUUUGUGCUGAGGAAGAUAAAAUGUCACAUUGUAAGAUAUGUAAUUUAAAAGAAAUUUAGACCACUUCUGUUUUUCACUUCUGAAUUUUUCAAUGGAAUUAAGGAUCAUGACCACAAUUGACUCCUAACUAUCAGUGUCGCAUUAGCUUCAUUCACCAGCACACAUUUUCAACACUGUGCAACCAAGACCAAGUCUUACCACAAAGAUACACAAAUAUCAUGGCUUUUUCAUAAAAAGAUCAUACAAAUAAAUCAUUGAAAAAUACUUGAUUCCAACAUUUCCAUGCAUUGUUACACUCAAAUACACCUUAGUUCCACACCCACCUAUUGUGUUUAAACUUGUAGCAGUUUUUUUGUCUGUUUUCUUUACGUUUGGUAUGGUGUGUGUAGUAAAUAGGGGUUUAAUGUUUGGGGGACCAUGGAGAACCCCGCUGGCCAUGGAACUUUUUUAUGUGUUUUGAAAAUUAAUUAACACAAUUAAAGGAUCAAUCAUUUAAUUAAGUGUCUAUGAAUCCUCCCAUUGUGAAGCGAAUAGAACCUGUUCUGUGGAUCUAGUGUGUCAUUUCAAAUGUGCAUUGAUACUGAUCCGUAUCCACUUUAGAAUAAGGCUGGCAAUGCAAUAGAACAUGAUCGGGUGGGUUUGGAACACAAAUGUCAUGUUAUGACACAUCAUGUCAUAACUCUUCAUCAGUAUGUUUCAAAUGUGAUGCUUUUUUGUUCGACAUUAACCCCAGCCAGGUCUCACCUCUGUAGAAGAAAGAAAGCUGGUCAUUUCUCACUCCCUCUCUCAGGUUCUGGGGACUCUCCACAGUAACAUCUUUAGGUUCAUGUAAAACAGCUUAGCUCUGGUCAGACCGAAUAUGAAUAAUGACUUUAAAACAUUCAACAUUACAUUCUUUGAACAGUUUACAUGGUGAAAUGCAUUACCGUUGUAUAUAUAGUUUCUUUUGAAGCCCUGCAGUUUUGUGCGUCAUUGACAUUUAAUGCCUGUGUUCAACAGGUUGAGGUUAGAAUACAUUUUAAAGUGUUUUCUGAUAUUACAGCAGAACAUUACAAUGCAAAAUUUGAAAAGUAAAAACUAAAAUUCAGAGAAGUGAAAAACAUUGAUAACUUCCCUAAUAGACAUGUCCAUUCAUUAGAGAUGUGUGAAAAAAUAGUUGGAUCAGUUAAUCCCUUUUUAUUUCAUUCGAUAUGAAAUAAAAACGUUUAGGCUACUAUGCACUUCUGGUUUUCUAGGUUAAUUUCUGCAAUGUUUAAACAUAGCCUGUGUCAUAAUACAGAGCAUCACAUUACCAUACUCCAUUAGAUGUCCCUCUUCUGUUCUACUUGUGCAAACUGCGAACACAUAGUGGAAAACCUGUUGUUAAAUCCAUUUUUUCACUGUCAAAGCAACUAUACCCAUGAGUGCCUGAAAUAAAAAUAAUUUGGUAUAGAA